UGACAUCACUCCCCUGCCUCUCGCAUAUACCGAACGAAGUUCAGCGUGCAGAAUGAAAACAACCCUCGCAUAAACUUCACGAUUCGCGUGGAUAAACGGAUUUACAGGCUAGUAGCUAUUAUUAGUUAAGUCAUGGCAGAGAAACAGCUGGUCAAUAAUUCACCAGAGGAUGUUCAGAGUGAUGACGUCUUGAGCACAUACACACACGUCUACAGUCCCGAUCUGCUCAGUGGUCAGGUGGCGUUUAUAACUGGCGGUGGAUCAGGUAUUGGUUUCAGAAUUGUGGAGGUUCUGAUGAGACAUGGGUGUGACACCAUCAUUGCGAGUAGGAACCUGGAGAAACUCUCUGAGGCAGCAAGGAAGUUAUCCAGUGGCACAAACAGACGCUGUUUGCCUAUAGCGAUGGAUGUCCGUCAACCAGAGUCAAUUAUUACUGCUGUGAAAGAAACCCUGAAAGAGUUUGGACGCAUUGACAUACUUAUUAACAAUGCGGCCGGUAAUUUCCUGUGCCCUGCUACGUCACUGUCAUUUAACGCUUUCAAAACAGUGAUGGAGAUUGACACCAUGGGAACUUUCAAUACCAGUAAAGUGAUAUAUGACAAAUGGUUCAAGGAUCAUGGUGGCUCAAUUGUGAACAUUUCUGCCACACUGGGGUACAGAGGUCAGGCCCUCCAAGUGCAUGCUGGGUCAGCAAAAGCAGCCAAUGAUGCCAUGACACGUCACUUGGCAGUUGAGUGGGGUCCCAGUGGUGUGCGAGUGAACUCAGUGGCACCAGGGCCCAUCUCUGGCACAGAAGGAUACCGUAGACUGGGUGGUUCUCAUGCAGAGACAGCAGGGCUGUUCCACAGCAUCCCUUUACAAAGAGCCGGCAAUAAGACUGAGAUAGCACACUCGGUUCUUUUCCUGGCCAGCCGUGCUGCUUCAUACGUCACUGGUGCUAUACUGGUCGCUGAUGGAGGGGCGUGGCUCACGUCGGCCAAUGAUGUGGAACGGCUGCUGGGUAUACACUCCUCUCGCUCUGCAAAACUUUGAAAAGACAGCACCACACGCAGGUCUUUGGUCAACAGAAAAAAGAAAUGAUGAAUAGCUUGCCUGGAAUUGAUGGAUAAACAACUGCGUUGUAGAUGACCAGACCAAACAUCUGUACAAAAUGCAUGAGGUCCUUGUGAUUAAGUUUGGAAUUUAUUAAGCCUUCAAAUUAUGCUUAACUUUAUAGACCAUUCAAUAAUUAUAAGUUAAGACAGUAACUUUUAUUCUAUUUUUUUGGAUAAACUUGAACUUGGCCUUAUUUUUGCAUUUUUAUGUCUACUUAAGUGACUAUUUCCUCUAUUGCUAUGCUUUUAAAAACAGUUAACAAAAUGUUAAUUUUGAGUAGAACAUUUUCUACAGAAUGACUCAUUGUAUUAUUUUAAACCGUUUUUGUAAUAAACCUUUU